GAUCAGCUGGGAGAAUUCUGCUGGGCCUCCUGCUGCAAGCAGGCUGCGUGCAGCCGGCGCAGGACUUGAGCUGGGAGGAGAUUCCAACCGGAGGCCCCGGGCCGCCUGCGACGGGGUCUCACUCAGCCGUACUGGACGCGUGCGGAACGAUGUGGGCGUUUGGCGGCUGGACUGGCGAUGGAAGUGGUGAUGCUCCAUCGCAUGCGCUGUUGAACUUCACGACUCAGGACUUGAGCUGGGAGCAGAUUCAAAUCGGAAGCCCUUGGCCGCCUGCGACGACUGCUCACUCAGCCGUACUGGAUGCCGACGGCACGAUGUGGGUGUUUGGCGGCUGGACUGACGAUGAUAUUAUUGCUGAUAGAUCGAAUGCGCUGUGGAAAUUCACGACUCAGGACUUGAGCUGGGAGCAGAUUCAAAUCGGAAGCCCUUGGCCGCCUGCGACGACUGCUCACUCAGCAGUACUAGAUGCCGACGGCACGAUGUGGGUGUUUGGCGGCUGGACUGCCGGUAGUGGUAAAUCGAAUGCGCUGUGGAAAUUCACGACUCAGGCGCAGUUCCCUGAGGCCAAUGACAAUGUUGCCACGUGCUCAGUUGUAUCUAUAUCUCGCGCAUGGUUGAUUGAGGUGCUUGUUCUGCUUAUUCUCUGCGCGCUAGUGCGCCCUCAUGCUUCAGUUGCCAACAGAGCCUGA